AUGUCUAGCGAGAUAGCCAAUACCCUCUUCCCUCCUCCUCCGCCGUACUAUAAAGCGUACACAGCGGACGAUGUGAUUGCAGACUCCUCGGCAGAGGAGCAGUCUCUUCAGCCACCCCGGGUGGACUGGAUAGACGAGGAGGCCAAGUGGAUGUGCUUUGGAGAAGCUCUAACCACUGCACCACGAAUACCUACCCCCGCUGAGAUCGGCCUACCUCCCCUCACUAACCCCUCUGAUUCACCUCAAGAAUCCCUCCCACCUUUACUACACUCCUUCUUACAUACCAUGCUUCUCUUGCUCGAUACCCUCACCAAUACCGCUCGGAAUCCAGGCGAACUGGAGCAGAAGGGUUGGGCGCAUGAAGGCGAUCAAUAUAUACAGCACCUCACGAAUAUUGCAGCCACAAUGAUGGUGGAGGCCAAUCAGGUCCGCAGCGUGCAGGCUGAGGCUACUCUCGUUCUCCUUAUGGAAAAGCAGCUGCAGGAGCGGAGGGCGCAGACUGCAGCUCUGAAGAGUAAAUGCGAACAUCUCUCCAGCACUCUCCGCGCUUUACGACCAUAG